AGUACUCUUUCUACUUCGGAGUUUGGUCCUUUAUCCAGGACAGUAGCCGGUAUACGAUACGCGCAACGGGACAUUUUCGACGUGAAUCUGUACGUCCUUAGCAUAAGUCUUCAAUUGUUUAUCAAUCAAGGAUUGAAGGAUUGAAAAAAUAAACAACUUAGUGAGUGAUUUUGAUUUUGAACUAUUUUUUUUGUGUGGAUUUAAGUGAUUGGAAAACGUGGAAACGAUUUGUUGUGUAUUUUUAAUAAAAAAAUGUGAUUACUGAUUCAGUUGAAUUUGUAAACAAAAGUUUUGUGACCACAACGAAGAAAACAUGAUAGUGAAAAUAUUAUGGAGGAUCCUGGAGAAGAUUCUUUCACUUUGAAAGUGUGCCACAUCGAUCGCAAAUUCAACGCCAGUCGAGUCAGAGCCGCCAACAACUCAACAAAUUCCCAACUCCGGAAAAUCUUGAACAAAGACACAACUGAGCGGAGUAUUCCCAGAAUAAUAACUAAUCUUUUCAACUUUAUGCUGGCGUGUCCAUUAUUUUUUCAGGUUAAGUGAAUUUAGAAUGUAAGAUUCUUUCAACAGUCCACAAUAUUUCUUGUACUGAAUAACGAAUCGAGAAAUUCUUUCAGUAGAAUAAUGUUUCCGACAUAAGCAUGGGUCAAGAUUUCCGUAGGGUUUUUGGAACUUUGAUUUCAAUAUUUCUCAUAAUUUUUGUGCGGUGUGACAUCAGUGAUUUUAUGAAAAACGCAAAAAUCAGUACGAGAAUUAUACAGACUCGUUAUGGUAGAUUACAAGGUCUCAUUGUUCCUAUGGACGCUCAACGUUCUCUAAAAUCCAUCGAAGUAUUCUUAGGAGUUCCUUAUGCAACUCCUCCCGUACAGUCGAAUCGGUUUAGCCCCACGCGAACGCCCAUUCCCUGGGAUGGAAUCUUGCUGUCGGAUAAAUUGGGACCGGUAUGUCCCCAAAAGCUCCCGGAUAUUUCUAAUGAGACAGCCGCGCUCGAGAAAAUGCCAAAGGGAAGAUUAGAGUACUUGAAGAGAUUACUACCCUACCUGAAAAAUCAAAGUGAAGACUGUCUGUAUUUGAACAUAUAUGCUCCGUCACAAGUUUCUCCGGAUUCACUGCGACCUGUGAUAGUUUACAUUCAUGGUGAAUCUUUCGAGUGGAAUUCAGGAAAUCCUUACGAUGGAAGCGUUUUAGCUUCCUACUCCGACUUAGUCGUUAUCACGCUUAACUACAGAUUAGGUAUAUUAGGUUUUCUAAACGCAAACCCUGCUCCUCAUUUGAAAGCAAGGGUGGCAAACUAUGGCCUAAUGGACCAAAUAGCAGCACUACAUUGGGUUCAACAGAACGUGGCACUUUUUGGAGGUGAUCCAAAUAAUGUUACAUUAGCAGGACAUGGUUCCGGAGCCGCUUGUAUAAACUUUCUUAUGAUAUCUCCUACAGUGAUGCAAGGUCUUUUCCACCGAACGAUUCUACUUUCUGGAUCAGCACUUUCCUCAUGGGCACUGGUCGAAGAUCCGGUCAACUACGCUGUGAAACUGGCAAAAGAAGUGAAUUGUUCCAUUCCGGACGAUGUUGGUAAGGAUCAUGAGGUGAUCGUGGACUGUCUCAGGGAAACACCUCUACACGAUUUAUUGCAAGCUGACGUCGUAGCUCCAUCAUAUCUUACCGCUUUUGGGCCGAGUGUUGAUGGUGUAGUAAUAAAAGCAGACUUUGCUAAGGAAUUGGUAACUUAUUUUAAACCUCAGGAUCUUCAGAACUUUAUGAGACCUGUCAAUGCAAAUAUGAAAAGAAGCGAAGCUACAAUCACUCCGAGAGGAAAUAAUCCGUAUGAUCUUUUAUACGGAGUAGUGACAAGUGAGGCCUUGUGGAUGUUUUCGAACAACGACAUCACUGCCGGUUUCGAGGGAGAACGACGAGAUAGAAUAUUAAGGACUUAUGUUCGUAACGCUUACACAUACCAUUUAAGUGAAAUAUUCUUCACUAUUGUGAACGAGUACACAGAUUGGGAACGGACAGUACAACAUCCGGUAAAUACUAGAGAUUCAGUAAUUGCGGCUCUUAGUGACGCGCAGUUCGUUGCGCCUUUAGUGCAAACAGGAGAUUUACUUAGUGCCAAACCUCCGCAAACAGGACAAGAGGGUGAAGGGCCUAAAACUUUUUUCUAUGUUUUUGAUUACCAAACAAAAGACGGGGAUUAUCCACAGAGGAUGGGAACUGUUCAUGGUGAAGAGCUUCCAUAUAUUUUCGGAGCACCUCUAGUCGAUGGCUUCAAUCACUUUCCCAAGAAUUAUACAAGAUCUGAGCUGGCAUUAUCAGAAUCAUUUCUCAUUUAUAUAGCAAACUUCGUUCGGACAGGGAAUCCCAAUGAUAAUCACAAGCAAGAACCUAUUUUAGCAGCAUCGAGAGAAAGGAACAGAUUCCGUUCUAUAGUUUGGGAUGAAUAUGAUUCAGUACAUCAAAAGUAUUUAGAAAUUGGUAUGAAACCAAGAAUGAAGAAUCAUUUCCGUGCGCAUCAACUGAGCGUAUGGUUACGACUUAUACCGGAAUUGCAUAGAGCUGGUAUGGAAGACGUUGUAGCUAAACAUAAUUUAUUUAGAAACCAUAAUAGUGCUGAUCUAUACGAAGGAGCAGUUCGGCCAGAUCCAUUGUCUAGGAUAAGUUACUAUGAUCCUACUAUGGAACUCAUUAGAAGAAGACCGAAUGCUAGUAUAACAACGCUAGAAGCUCCAACUACUAUAGAAACCAUCGUCACUACUUGCGUGAAUAUUGUUUCGUCUGGAAACUAUAAUCAUCAAAUAUUUCAGAGUCACAACUCUUCUGAUACUCUAGCUAGUUUGGAAGCUGCGGGGUAUGCUGCGUACAGUACAGCAUUGAGUGUUACAAUAGCAAUAGGGUGCUCAUUACUAAUACUCAACGUUCUUAUUUUUGCUGGUGUAUAUUAUCAGAGAGAUAAGACAAGAAUGGAAGUUAAAAAUUUGCAGCAACAACAGAACCGUAACCAAGCAGCAUUUGAAACAAUUUCUAAGCAUCAAUAUCAUUUAGGGCAUUCUCAAAGCACAAAUGUGAUUGUAGACGUAGAACAAGAUACCUCAGCGUUAAUUUUAACUAACGCACAACAAGAUAAUAUGAAUAAGAUACAUCAAAUCUGUCCUACUACAGUUUCAAAUACGUUAAAAGCACCACCUCCUAGUCCCAAUGUCAUGCUACAAAACUGUAUGACUUUACCUAAAAAUAUGUCAUAUGGAGGAUAUCAACAUCAAGGAUGUCUGACACUGCCAAAAACUGCAACCAUGCUUAAUAAUACUGCUUGUAUAAUAGCAGAAAUGCAACAACAAGGUUACGUGCAGCCGCCAAAUGGUAACGCUACAAUGCCACUCAGUGUGCCGAAACCACCCCCGCCGCCCAGAUCCAAAAGUCCAGAAAGCCAACCACUUCUAACCCAUAAUAAUACUGGAAAAUGUAACAUGAGACUUCCACAUGCUGCCAUGAGUGAGAUGAGGGUGUGAUAGACACAAACGAGAAAAAACUAGAUUGUGCACAAGUGACUUUUUAUAUUCGUCCGAUGAAGAAACAUUUGUUUAACUAAAAGUACAUUCUGAUUUGAAAACUGUCAUAUAUGAUUAGAUCAUAUUCUUUUGAUAUCCAUGGCGACAUCUUUAGUAUGAAUUUGAAUACCUAAAACGAAACAACAUAGUUUAUCCAAAAAAUUGUCAAAUUUUAAUGGAAAAGUCACUCACCAUUUGUGAAUUGAUAGGUUAUUUAUCAGCAAUCUCCUUUUAGCUUAUCCAUUUUCAGUAUAUUACGAAACUUUUCUCGGUUUCUUCAAUUAUUCUUAACAGACAGAAGAUUUGGGCUGUAUCGUGGCAAAGGUAUCGUGUAUCGUGGUAGAAACGCAAAGGUUGGGGUAUACCUUUCGACACGAAUUUGAAUAUAGAAAAUGGCCAAUUUAAGUCAAAAUAUAUCAGGUGUAAUGUCAGACCUUAGAAAGCAUUGAAUAAGAAAUUGGCAAAGAAUAGCUGGAGAUAGGAGAUAUUAAGAAAUAAGGAAAAUCGACACUGAAAACUUUUCGUUUUUGGCUCAAAUGAAAAUUAUUUUUGUUGGUUUCAUUGAAACUAUUUGUAUGCGCGCAGGAAUCGAUGAAAAUUCGCUUUAAUACAAUCUUUUUUUCAUGAUGCGUGAUUUCAUGCCGCUUACUCAUUUUAGCCCGUUUCGCGCCGCCUCCACCAACUUCUCCGUCGCGAAAAUGGGCUUCUAACUUUUUUUCUGUAAAUUCAUUUACAGCGCUAAUUAUUAACCGGUUUUCAUGAACUUUUUUUUGAAAUGUUGUAUCUUUGCGAAAAGUCCUUCAGUAAUGUUUAUCGGCUCACGGUGCUCCAUGGAAACUUAUAUUGCAUGCAAAAAAUGUAAUUAAUUAAUGAAAUGGGCACGGCGGUAAAUGAGCGAACACGUCAACGCAUUUCUUAGAAGGGAGCAUCAUCUUACCCCGUUCUUCUUGGUUUCUUGAGGCACCAUGAGCUGAUGAACGUUACCGAAGUACUUUUCGAUUAAUAAUUAGUGCUGUAAAUGAAUUCACAAAGAAAAUUAGAAGCCCAUUUUCGUGGCGGGGAAAUUGGCGGUGGGGGCGCCAAACGGCCGAAAAUGAGUGAGCGGCAAAAAAAAGAUUGUAUUUUAGCGAGUUUUCAACGUUUCGUAAUGAUUUUUUGUUUUAAUUUUGGGUAGCGCAAACAGAUAGUUUCUAUGAAGCCAACAAAAAUAAUUUUCCUUCGAGACGAAAGUGAGAAGUUUUCACUUUCACAAGUACGUCAAUUUUCCUUAUUUUUUUCGGAGGUUUUUCGACCUGUAGAACUUCUGACGUUAUUACAUCGUUUUUAUUUGUGGUUCGGACCCCACGAUCCAAGAGUUUUCACUCCUGUACCAUAUGAGGUUUUCCAGCCUAUUUUUUCUUUCGGGAAAACAGGCCUGUAUAGAGUGCCAGAAAUGCCUUUUGUUGAUGUACUAAUUACGGGCCCCCUGUUUCCAAGAUCAAACGUCAUGUACCUUAUCGUUGUUGUUUUAUGUGACCAGCUCUGGGACUAUUAGUAUCACAAAAUAUGAGCUGAUCCAAUUCAUAAUCUCUUAAUUCACAUCUUCUAUCUAAAUAUUUAACCAGCUUCUGUAAAUUAUCGGUCGUGGCGAAAAAAUCGUCGCAUUUGCAAAGUGGUUUGUCGAUGAUCUUCAGAACCAUCCAAAAAAUGUAUACUGGAAGCCAUGAAUCGAAAAUAAAGAAAACACAACUUUUAUCCAAUUUUUUCUUGAUAUCCUUAUCCACAUGAUAAUUAGAUGCUCUAAUAGACAUGUGGUACAUAAAAACUCUAUUAUCAAUGUUUAAAAAGGAAAUCAGAUAAUUCGCUGACGACUUUUCACGAGAUAGAUUUUCACAUCCAACGAAAAUUCUUCACGUCAGUGAUUAUAGUAAUCUGGAUGUAACAGGCUAGUUUGCUGAAGUACUUCCUCUUUAUAAUCCAUUUAAUUCAAAUUUUUCAAAAUUUGCUUCUUCCCAAGACACCAGCUCAAUUGAAAAAUUUAGGACUUCGAUCGUCUGUUAUUAUCGAGAUGUAAUACAAGCUAUCCAGCUAUUCAAUGAAUUAAUAAUCAUAAGUCUCAUGAAUGCAGGUAAAAUAUUGGACUGAAGAACACUAAAAUAUUUCCCGUUAUGAAAAAAAAAAUAGAGGAAGUGGAUGCGACUACAAAGUAAAUGGUAUAUUAGUUCAACAUUCACUCCCCAAUAUGGAUUUCUUGGUACUGUAUUAACAAAGAAACACUCAAAUUCAAUAUAAAAAAUAUUACACAAUAUUUUUUCAUAAUAAAGAAGCAAUAAAAAAUUAUUUCAGUAAUUUGAGUUAAUAACAAUAUUGUGGAAUUUGUCAAGUAUCGAUUCUAGCAUUCACUAAUGUGAUAAACCUUCAUUACCAAACGAUAGAUUUAUUAUCAAUAUAUAGUUUUGAAUUAACAUAGUUGAGGUAUUCAGAGACAACAAAAUAGAACGGUUGCCAAGGAUUCAAUAAUAAAAUGAAUUGAUUGUAUUUCUUUCUUUGUGUGUGCUAACAAAUUCAGAUUUGAAUAUUGAUUGACAUAAUGUGUUCGAAUUGCUCUGACAAAAAUUUAAUAGGCGUAAACAAUAACGAGUGGCAUUUAUGAGUGAGGUAAGCGUUUUCUAUUGUAAACAGAACGGGAAAUUACAGUAGGAUGAAAUGAUAAAAUGGAGAUUUAUAUAUUGCUGUUCGGAAUUCAAAUACAAAGUGCAUAUCAAUUUUACGUUUCGCUGAACUUCAUGAGGCAGUUAUACCACUUCUUCCCAAUGAAUCAAUAUUGACUAUUAUUUCACAAAACGUUUCAAUGUUCUAUUUAUUGUUACAAGGAAUUUAUGAAUUCUAAUUUGGUAUAGCUUUUGAUGGAAUAGCACAUUGUGUUCGAAUGAUUUUUAUUGGUGCUCAUGAAAACUCAAAAACAAUAGGAGAAUACAAGAAUAGAAAAGAAAAAAGACACAAAACAAUCACCAUAAACUCAGCGAUACUGAAAAUAGUGAUAUAUAUUCACGUUGUUUUUAUUUUUAGGGGGUAUACUAUACAAUUACUUUUAUUGACGUAAUUUUUGAUGCUAAUUUCUUGUCACAUCUCUCAUAUACAUUAAAGCAUAAUCUGAAUAUCUUGGCAAUUCCUCUCUCUUAGACAAAUAUAUAAUAAUCUGAUCCUUCAUGGGUAGCACUUUGGUUUUUCAAAUAUAGAUCUGAAUUGUUGUAACGGACUUUUUCCACUCAUUUAAUACUUACACGUUAUGGCAAUCCAAUUAAAUUAGAGCUAAGGGGGAUAGAGAUGGGUGUCUCGAUGCUUUACUUUAGCAGUUGGAGCCCACUCAAAUAAACUGUAUGGUGCAAUGCACGUGGAUAUGAUGAUGUUUCAAAAUCACGAUUUUUCUUUACAAUUACUUUCAAUUCCUUUCAACAAAUUAUCAUCAUUUUUGAUUUUUUGUAGUGUCCAGAUAUUUCCAAUUUUAGCAAGUUUUGGAUAAUCGAUGGAGGAAGUGUCAAGAAAUUGUGAAAAAUCAACUCAGUUUUAUGUUUUCCAAAUGAUCACUGUUAUUGUUUUCAACAAUUCAGUAUCAUAAUGGCUCCUACGAGCCUAUAAAAUCAUUGGAGAUAAGGGGUGAUAUCAUAGAAGUAGUAGCCAAACAUACUAAAGAGAUUCACUUGACUGAAUCAGUAUAAACAAUACAGUAUGUCGCAAAACUUUAAACGCAUUUUACUCGAAAAUGGUUUUAGCACACUGAGUCCCCCUUUUUGGCAUCAUUUAGCGAAUUUUUUCACACAAUACACCCACUCUUGGCACUUGAUACUUUUGUUUUCGUGACUAAACACUAUACCGAUUGCUUAUUCGAGAGCUUUAAAGCCAUCAAAAAUACCUUUAUUUGGUCGCCGUAUUUCUAAAAACGAACUAUAUCAUUUCAAGAUAUUUGCUACAUUUUGAUCUGACGUGCUCUGAGAGUUUAUAGUGGUUAUUUCAAUGCAUUUCCUUGCUUUUUCUUUUCCAGAAAUGCGACAAAAAUUUGCGUAAAACAUUAAUACUAUCACACCCCAAACACACCUCAUACUUUAAUUUUAUUAUCGUUUAUAUUACUAUCAUAUAUAAAUCAAUACUUUGUUUUAAGGUUCUUUCUAUACAGUUGGAUACCACAACACGAAAAUGGUUUCAGAUUUAUUGUAUAGGAUUUUAUGGAGAAAAAAUAUGAAUAAUAAUUAUAGUAGAUGACUUCAUAUCCAUAGUGUGUGCUGCUUUACCCUGCUGGAAAUUGAACAUGUGAUAUUUUUAAACCCUUAUAUAUCAUACUGAAUUCUAGAUGCUCAUAUUUCUUUUGAUAUAAGUCUUUGCUGCGCCAUACGGAUAUAUCUUUGGAAGGUAUAGAUGUUUAUGUUAAAAUCAAAAGUCAUCCGUCACUUUUGUUGAGAAAAAGAAUACAUUUAACCGAAAAAAGUGUCAUAGUAUGUACCGUGACCGUACCUGGACACUUCGAAGUGCAAGGGACCUUUAAGGCUUGCUAAAGAGGCGAGGAGAGAGAUAGUGAGAGUGCAACAACCAGUUGAAUUGUUGAAAGGUGCUAUUGACUCAUGAAUCAGAGUCAAACAGAAAUGAUUGCACAAUAUCUAGAAGGAUUUGGACAAUCCUAAUGAAGAGAAUACUAAAAUAAUUAGAUUCACCAAACACUCGAUCCAAAAGAUCAAUCGAUCAUUGGACAUUGUACUGUUGUCAUUAGACUUUAGAAAUUAGAAGUCAUUAAAGACAACUAUUGCAAAAAGUGUCUCUGACAAGAUGAGACGAUGGAGCAUCGUCUCUGACAAGAUGAGACGAUGAAGCAUCGGCUCUACCAGUGCCGUACCUUUAUGGAGAAACGACGAAUGCUUAAAAAAAUUCCAGAACUAGAAAUAAGAAAAAUGAAAAACCUCCUCCUAGGUUUACAACUCCGAAUGAGUAGUAAGCUACUCUAUUAAGUUAUGUAAAAUGAAAUAUACAACACAAUGGGCCUCACGCGUUCGGGUGAAUCCUGACCAAUCUAGAUCGGAGUUACCUAACCUAACCUAACCUAACCUACAUUCGAUAAGGUGAAAAUUUUCUCAUUUACGGAAUGGAGGAAAAAUCGGACUUGUUUUUGGAGCAUACGGUUUCACCUAUAUAACUUCAAUUAUACUCGAAGUCUAUAUAAAUAGUGUUCUUUUGUAAUAAAUAUUAUGAACCAUAAUUGACAUUAACUCAUUCCAUUCUCUCAGCAAGCGGACACAGUUUGACUUAUAUUCGUUGAUGCGUUGAUCUACCACCUUUUCACUGAAACGUAUUGGAAAAUGUUUUAAAAAAUAUGAGACAUUCGGAUUCAGUGAAAUAUAUAGGAAAUCCUAUUGGAUAAAUCAUAUAUUUGGGUAUGUGACACUAUAUAUUUUACUUAAUAAUACUCUACUAUAUACCUUUAACCAUCCCAUAGAACCGGUAGGUGACGCUCUGAAAGAUUUUUAUACUUUUACACAUAGAAAAUCACUUUUUAGACCUGAAUACUAUAUAUGAAGCUUCUUUGAAGCUUUUGCUAUUCCUAGAACUUCCUUUUGCAGAAUAUUAGUUAUAAAUCUGAUGAUAAUUAGCUAACCUUCAAUGUAAAAUAUGGUCGAUUUCACUUCUAACUAUUUGUGAUUCCUAUUGAUUUUCUUAUCACAUUGUUAGCUUCAAACAUUGGUUGAAUUCCAUAAUAAAUAAAAUUUUAAAAAUAAUCAUAUGCCAUAAUUGCAACGAAUGUGGAAAUAAUGAAACUGCUCAUUCCACUCGAAUUUUGAUAUUCUUAAAAAUAUCGCGUAUAUGUUUCCUGUUUCGAAAAAUCUAGUUUCUUGAAGAUGUUCCACUUUUUGUUUGUCGUAUUUUCAUAUGAAUUGUUGUAUAGAUUCGUACAUGCAAUUUCAGAUUUCUUCUCUUCGUGUAAUUCGUGACUCGAGUGGUGAAUCUGGGUUAAUACGUCUACUUAUAGUUACAAGAGAAUUUUGUUAAACUUUAUUGAGAUUAUUUUCUGUGCCAAUGUAAGUCGAAAGCUUGCCCAGUAUCUAGAAAAGAAAACAAAGGAAAUUAUACGACUGCAUAGCGUUCACUGAUUUCGGAAUUUUUGUGUUUUGAUCUAUACUGGGGUUGAUAAUUUCUAAUUUAUAUAAGAUCCGCAAUGAUUUUAUUAAGAGUAUCAAUAACUUAGAUUUUUUUAUUUAUUUUGAAUUAUGGCCAAUGGGCCUAUUUGUCUCAUUUCAUAGUCAUAUUUCACUGGCCACAUUAAGAAGCUAAAAUGAAACAAAAAAGAAGGAAGCAAGCUUCGACGAAGGUGUUUCUAGACACAAUGAUUUUCAUUUGGAGAGAAUGGGUAUGCUCAGUCGGUUAUGACUAGUGGAACGUCAUAAUUGAAAAUUAACAGUAAUUAUUGGAAGACAUUGAAAGUAAAUAAUUGUAUUUAAUACCAGAGCAAAUUUCGUAAUAAUUUUUUUCAAAUUUUACACAAUAUUUUGUUCAAUACUACAUUCUUUACAACAUUGAAUGUUUGAGUUACAUUGAAAAUAAUCCUAGAAAUGUCAAAAGCAUUCAGUGCACACUAUAUUAUCGUUGAGCCUCGAGAUUUCCAGAAAGCGCCAUCGGAAAAUAGAGGCUGUGAAAUCACGUAGGAGUAAAAAAAUUGCGUAUAGAUUCAAUGCGGUUGUAAAUACUGCAACGUUACAUCAUGGCGCCGUCACAUUUCUAGCAGUGGGCAAUAUCAGUUUCCCGUUUUUUGAGGAAAUAUUUUAUGUAUAUUUUUCAAUGGAAUGUACCCCAGAUGUGUGACGGAUGUGACAGAAAAGCUGAAUAAAAAAUUGUAUAUCUCAAAUUUUUAAAUUAAAACCAAAAAGUUCUAACGUGUAUUUUGAUAAACAAGAAAACCACAAAAUAUUAUUUACGUUAAUCACCUACAUCAGUGUACAAAAAACUGAUGAAUUACUCCAUCUAUUCCAUCCUCCGGCGGAAAGUAUAUAUCACCUAAAUGUUUCUUAGGCCGAGAACAAUUAUAAAUCACACAUAGACAAAUCAGGAGAAUAGGGUGGAUGUUUAAUUUCUGUCUACCAUGCAUUGCGUGACGAUUUAUUGAUGCGUGAUACUUACGAUUAUUGGCUGCUUCAAGAAUUGCAACUAAACAUUUUGUGGUGAAUCAAUUUGCGGUAACUAUACGUUGAUCUCAAAUUGGUAGAAACGACGCCACUGGAGUCAGAGCUUACUACUUAAGGAAGGUGUUUCAAACUACAGUGUUGUAACCCCUGUACAUGAUAUGGCUUCAUAUAAUCAAUAAUUAUCACAACUUGGAUGCCUACGAAAUUGAUAACCAAUUUAUCGUCUUCAGAGUCUUAAGGUGAUAAUAUAACAAGGAAGUUUUGCCGCUGGAAUGAAUUCGUUGGUGGUAAUUAGUAUAAAACGGGUGAGUCAACUCAUUACGUUUUAGUUUACCUUCAGUCUCUGAAGACGAUAACUUGGUUAUCGAAACGCGUGUCAGACAGUGUAAUUGUGAGUGUUGGUUUAGUGGUUGCGUGAAUAGUGUAUUCAGUAGAAAAGUGUGAGGGCUUCUAUGUUUGAUAGAUUUGCUCAAAUGUAAAAACCUGUGACGAUUGACCUAAGUGUGGAAGAAACUUCUCAAAAAUUUGGACAAUAGUAUACCAUAUACAUCUGAUGAUAUAUUUGUAUUAGAUAAUCCUUAUAUCCUUCAAAAUACAGUUUAAAGCAACAUUUUUCUUGAACAGAAACUUAUGUGGGCUUUAUUAUAAGGAAAGAACAUUUUUUUAAGUUGUUGAAGUAUACACUGAAAGAUUUCAGGGUUUUCCUAGAGAAUUAUCUUCUGUUUAAAAAUACCUAAAAUGAACAGAAAAUGUGUUCAAAAAACAGGUGAAAAUUUGAGAAAUUUUCAAAAUAUCUUCGUUCAUUGAAAUUUUUAAGAAGAAAAUGACACUACGAAGACUAAAUCAAUGAGAGUUUACCUGCAAAGUUUCGACUGCAAUUCUCAUGGAUUUCAGGUAUACUUUGAUAAAGAACGAAAUAAAACGAAACAUCAAAUUUUCAACGGUUAUGUUGACCUGAUUUUCUAUGAGAAGAUAGUUAAAAUCAUAAUGAAGAUUCCCUGAAAACAUAUAAAAAGGUUUGAGAAGUGGAAAAUGAAAGGAAUGAUUUCAGAUUUAUAUGCUUAUACAUUAAGAAAAAUCAAAUAUCAAAUAUCUUUGUCAGUGAAAUUAAACAGAUUAUACACACUUGACUGUGGAUCUCUAGAUUUGUCUUCUAAUUAUUACAAAGCAUCUAUUAAAAUAUUUUGUUCAUGUUUGAAUGAAAUGAUAUACCUAAUACCGAAUUAUGAGUAACAUUCAUUCGCUGGAUUCAUUUAAAGUUAAAGGUGGUAUUUAAUAGCUGUCAUAAAAGCUUGUGUUAGGAAGAAUACGUGUUGUCAUAAAGUUUCCUUAUUUCACGAGAAAUCCUUCUAAAUUAAUAAUAAAGUAAAUCUUUAGUGAGUUUAGAUGGAAGUUCAGAGAUCGCAGAUAUAGUAAGGUGUUUAAGGUUUAUUAUUUUCAAAAGACCAACAUUCGUAUAUAAUUGAUUAGAGAAAGUCUUGAAACUAAAUUUUUCCAUAGUUGUGUCUAUAAAUUACGAAUACUAUAAUAUAUCUGAGAUAUAAAGAGAAUCGGAGAUUUGUAAUUUCUUUGAAAUCCAUAUUAUAACUCAACGUUCAGCAUGUUUUCUUUCCAUGAAAUUCUCCUUAAUAUUGAGUUGAAAGAUUGAAAAUUUAGGUCUUAAGUUGAUUCUAUUGUAAUCAUCCAGUUUUAAGGGGAUUCAUCAGAGCCUACCAUAUACCACAAUAAAACUAAUGUGAAAUUUUGUUCUAAAUAUUACCUUGGUUAGACCAGUUAAAUUAGAUCGAAAAAAACUCAUUUCAGGAAUAAAGUUCCAUAAAGCUUUGAUUUAAAAUCUCAAUUGUAUGAUUAAAAUCAAUGAAAAACGAUCAUUUUUGUCAGAGUGAUUCAAAACUUACGAUGGAUAUUAGAAAAAUUAUAUACAAUUAAAAGAUGAUUAUCUAAAAACAUUUAUGUGUAAAUAAAGUAAACCUCUUGAUCUUUAAAAUGAAUAUUAACUGAAUUAAAUAAAAAUACAGUUCUUCGAGAAA